AUGUCUGCCCAGGUUGUGCAAGCCCAAGUAAUGUGUGAAUUGUGUGGGGGGCCUCAUCCUUUUGACCAGUGCCAAGCUGCUUUAGAUUCCAACAAUGUCCCAUUAGAUCAAGCUCAAGUCCAGGCAGUGGAGCCAACAACAACCAUUUCAACCACAAUAUCAGCGGCCUAUGACUCAAGCUCCACCACAAGCAUCAAACUCUCAGCACCUAGGCCACCUGCUCCUGCAGAGAAGCCUAGUGAAUUGCAGGCUGCCCUAUUGACUCUCACCAACACUCAAACUCGGUUUAUGACUGAGACUAGAUCCUCCAUCAGAAAUUUGGAGAUGCAAGUGGGGCAGCUGGCCAAUAUGUUGAAUACUAGGCCUCAAGGGAAUUUUCCUAGCAAUACCAUGGUAAAUCCUAAGGAGCAGUGUCAAGCUAUCACUUUGAGGAGCAGGAAAGAAAUUGAAGGUUCUUCUCUAAAGGGGACUCAAGAAAAGAAGGCAGAAGAAGAGGGGAGCUGUGAAAAAGUUGAGCCCCAAGUGGAGAAAAAGGUUACUGAAGGCCUUGCAACCAAAGAGAAGAUUCAACUGCUUCACAUUAACAUCCCAUUUGCUGAGGCUUUGGAGAAAAUGUCGAGUUAUGUGAAAUUUAUGAAAGAGAUUUUAUUGAAGAAACAGAGGUUGGAAGACUUUGAGACAGUGGCACUUACUGAAGAGUGCAAUGCAAUUCUCCAAAGGAAGCUUCCACAAAAGCUUCAAGAUCCGGGGAGCUUUACUAUCCCUUGUUCUAUAGGGAAAUUUGAAUGCAAAAACAUGCUCUUUAAGCUUGGUCUUGGUGAGGCAAAGCCUACUACUAUUACUCUUCUGCUCGCGGAUCGAUCAAUCAAGCACCGAAGGGGAGUUAUUGAAGAUGUGCUAGUCAAGGUAGACAAGUUUAUUUUUCCAGCAGAUUUCAUUGUUCUAGAGAUGGAGGAGGAUGCAAACAUUCCCAUUAUUUUGGGAAGACCAUUUUUAGCCAUAGGGAAAGCACAAAUUGAUGUACAAAAGGGGGAGUUGAAGCUGCGAGUGCAAAACGAAGAGGUAACAUUUAAUGUUUUUUCAGCAAUUGAUAUUCCAACUUGUUAUAGAGUGGAUGUGGUAUGUAAUGGUGGUAGUAAUUUGGAAACCACCAAGAGAAAAACCAAUGCUGAAAUUGGUAGUCGAGUAGUUCAUCAUUGUUUGAAACAGUUUUAUAGUGGGAAGGCUCCGAUGAUUAGCAACAUUAAAAGAUGA